AUGUUUUUAAGAGAAAGAAUGAAAUCUGAAGUUUAUGAAGGUGAAGACAUAGAAUUUCGCCUCCUCCACAUUAAAGAAGAAAAGGAGGAGGAAAACAUGAUUGCUGGUAAUGCUUAUGAAACAACUGAAGCCGGUUCGAUUAAAGAAGAACCAGAUGCAGAAAGAGAUAAUCCUUCAACUUCAGGUCAGCAAAUGAAAGGUACUUUCAUGACAAAAGACCCUGAAAAAACUUCAAAAGAGCACAGUCCAGAUCAACAAAAUAAUACCAGGAUAAAAUCAAAGAAAAAAAAUAUUGUGAAGAAUAACAAGAAGUCAAGUGGUGUGGACCUUGCAGUUCUAAGUAAACAUAUUCACAUCAGAAAACUCGACUUCAAUUUAGAUUGUGUGACAUGUAAAAAAUAUCUUUUUGAAUAUGUGGAGGAUUGCUGUUCCAAAGAAUCAGAUGGAGAUAAAACGAAAGACAAAUUCACCUGUAAAAAUUGCAAUAAAAUUUAUGCUAAAAAGGUUCCAUUUAGGAACCAUGUACUAAAGCAUUUUCGAAAGGCACCUAAAUUACAGUUUUUUUGCCCUUUUUGUGAGGCUCUAUAUACAAGAAAAGGUCCAUUAAAUAAACAUGUGAAGAAAUGGCAUAGUAGGGACAUUCUGUUACGUGAAUUGGAAAAUGAAAAAAAAGCAUAUUAUGCUACUUAUAAAGUUCAAAACAAAAUUGAAUAAUAUUUUGUUCAAGAUAUUUUGAUUGCCUAACAUGUUUCAAUUGAAAAUAAUUUUCUAUGUAUCCAUUGUAAUGAAAUGUAUUUCAUACACUGUAUUUUUAUGAAUUAGUGUUGUGUAGCUCAAUGAAUUUUUAUAGGCUUUAUUCAUCAGCUUAGAAUGUUACAAAUCAUUCCUAUUCAUCAAACCAAUUUUUCUUUUUAUAUUUAUAUAGUCGGAAUAUAUUUGUUGUUAUGACGCCAAAAAUGUUUAUUCUUUUAUCUGGAAUUUUUGGAUUAAUCAGGAGGUCUGAUUCCUAUCUAUCAUUUGAAAGUAAAAAAUGAAAUCGAGUAAUAGAAAAGAAAAUAAUUCUCUGUGUACCCUAUGUAAUGAAAUGUAUUUUAUAAGCUGUAUUUUUAUGAAUUAGUAAGUUAUGUUAUACUGCUCGAUGAAUUUCUUUGGGCUUUAUUCAUCAGCUUAGAAUGUUUCAAAUCAUUCCUACUCAUCAAACCAAUUUUACUUCUCUAUAUUUUUAUAUGUGUCCUUAUAUACUCAGAAUAUAUAUGUCAUGACAACACCAAAAUUAAGAUGUUUUCUUUUAUCUAGAAUUUUUGGAUUAAUCAGAGGUUCGGUUCCUAUCACUUGUGAAUAGUGGUGGGCUCCAGGCUCAUUUUAUUUCGAGAUUAUGGAAUAAAAAAUUGAAUGUUUUUGGGGUUUUAACUACAUCUCUUUUUACUCAUAAUAGCACCGUUUGUAUUCAAAACUUCCUAAAGUUCAAUGUAACAAAUAUCUAUAAAAGUAAUUUAUGUGUGAAAUUUGUUUUCUGAUGGCAGGGCUGCCAGAACUUGGGAAUUUGUAAAAUUCUUGGGCUAUAGUGCUUUAUUGAUGAAUAGAUACAUUUAUUAAAAUUUUUAAUGAUAGAACAUACUAAAAUCGCUAGGCAUUUAAGAAUGGAGACUUUUCUUUCAUGCACGUGCAGUAAUUAUUUUAAAAGGUUGGGCUGGGAAAAAACCAAAGAAGAAAAAAAUAUAAUUGUAUCAACUUUUUUUUUUUUUUUUUGGUAGCUGCAAGCAGAUGAUUUUUUUACAUUUUUAAAGGAAAUUGUUCCAAGAUAUAAUUAAUCAUAAUUUUUAUUUUAUCCAUUUUAAGAUUAAAAACUGAGCAGCUACAGUGGUGGCAAUUGCAAGAAAAUGAAUUAGUUUUAAAAAUUUUUUCUUUUAUAUUUUGCUUUUAUCUUGGGGAAUUUUAUAUGUGUUUUUUUGGGUUUCGUGAAAAUUCCCAGUGGCGGCCUUGCUGUAUUACACAUUGUUCACUCUAAGUGCAAGUAUAAAGCUUUGUAUACCUAGCUUUUGUUUUUUCUUAAACUGUGACUCUUAUUUAUAUCUUUAGUAUUUAGAUAAAUGAUUUUGAAAAUAAUAAUCAAAAUUUGACCAUGAUUCAAAAGCUACUGCACAGAGUCCAACAUCACAAUCUGGACAGUUGAAUCUUGUUUCACUGAAAACUUAAUAAUAUGAUUUAGCAACUGAAAAAGUAAAGUAAAAGCAUUCAACCCUAUAAAAAGCACAUAUGAAAUAAUUUUUAAAAGAUGGAUUGUGCAGCCUACCCUAGUUGAAUUUGGGAAAAGCUGGGAAGUGGUUAACAACUAGUGUGGUGUAGUGAAGUGAUAUAUUUGGUUAUUUCUUUCAAAGUUUUAAUGGAAAUAUUUUGAAGAUUUUAUUUUGAUCGCAUUUUAAAUAUGUUACACUACCUAUUGCUAUAUUCUAAAUAAUGUCCACAUAAUAGACAUGCAAUGUACCAUUAGGGCAAGAGCAAUUAAUGCAGUGUUUUUUAUGUUAAUGGGAGUCUUGUUGUUCUGGUCACAUUGUUAACGAAAACAAGAAAUAGCCAAUUUAAAGAUUUUUUGAUUGCAGAGUAAGCAGUUUUGUAAAUUUUCCCACACUCAUGUAGUUGAAAAGCUUCCUUUUACUGUAUUAACUAAAUUUUAUGGCAUUGUUUGUAUUUGUUUAUGAUCUAUGUUCUUCUCUAUGAGUUAUUGUUUUAACUAAAUCUUAUGCAGUUUUAAUUGUAAUUCAUCUUUCAUUUGUAUUUUAUAAUGGAGCAUUUUGCUUUUCUUAAUAAACAUGCAUUUAUUAUUCUA